UUUAGUGGUUUAAACCGGUCAAAUGUUGUAGGCAUGAGCGUUUUUAGGGUCUUUAAAAUACAGUAUUUUGGGGCUCAAGUGCAGAAACUUUCAGAUUUUAAUCCGAUACCUGCAGUUUUUAGAGUUAUGUUAAAGUAAAAUUAAUAUAAAAUGUCAUUAAUAACAAUACUACAGUGAAUGCAGGCCAGCUGCACAUAAAAACAACAAAAACUAUGAACAUUUGGAAACACUUUUUGUUGAAUACAUUUUCUCUCCAGCAGCUGCUUUCCACAAGUGUUCUUACUUUCAUUAUUUAUAAUCUUAAUAGUGACAAUAAUAGUAUGCUAUACAAGGAAAAAUUAUAUUAUUAUUCUUAUGCUUAAUAACAGGGAUAAUGACAAAUGAAAGAUAAGCCUUGUAAUUUAUGAAUGUUUAAGCAGCCAAAAAUUACCACAAAAUUGAGAAGAAUAGAAAAUUUGUGUCAAAUAAUAAUAUUUUGAGGUGUUUAUUGUAAAUUUUUAGUAAAAGAACAAAUUACUAUUUAUAAAAAAUAUAGAUUUUUAAUGUGAUUUUUAUGUGUUUUUCCUUUCUUUGCAGUUCGCACCUAAAUUAAUACCUUUUCUGUGUUUUCACGAGAUAUUAUCUGCACUUUAACAAAACUGAGAAAACCCGUGAAACAAUGAUAAUCAUUAAUAUUGUAAACGUUUUUGUCAAGUAACAGAAAAUAUUUGGACAUCCUCACAGCAGGAUUUUAGCAGCAGUGACCUUAUACAAAACAUGACUUCUUCAUUAAAGAAACAAAAUAUGGCAACGGGAAGUUGAGUAGCAAUGAAAACAUAUUUGACUGUUUUACUGUCAGUUGCUGUAAUUAGAUACAUUAUCAUCUGGCCAAACAUUGACAAAUUUUUCUGUAUAACUUUAAAAGUGCACUUCUACACUCCAUGCACUCUAAAGACAAAUAUGUACCCUCAACAAAACUUAAUAACUGACAGCAUGCACAUGCAACUGUAACCUGAAUCUUGUUUUACGUCAGUCAGUGUCAGUGCAAAAAAUUUCUCGUUAAAUUAUACACAUUUAUGUUGCUUUAAUUACUAACAUUAAAGUAUCAACAUAGCUCAUUAAAAAAAUUGACACUUUAAAAGUUAAUCUAAAAUAUAUAUAUAUAUAUAUAUAAUUUUAAGAGUGUGUGUCUUGCAAUAACAGGUGCAAUUGUCUAUUAUUUUGUAACUGAAUGCAUGAAAAGCGUACAUUGUGUUCAUGAUCUUUAUUAUCUUUUUUAUUAUUAUUUAAUUUUUGUCUUUAUUCUAGUUCAACAUAUUGUUUUUCAUUUUUGAUCUAUUACUCAUCACUUUUCUGUCACUUUGAGCGGCUGCAAUGUGUAAAUCUCCCCAAUGAAGGGUCAGUAAAGUUUAUCUUCAUUUCCAACUCAUAAUUUACACAUACUUGACUUGAAAAUCAUUACAAAUAAGACUGAAAACAAGACACAGUUUGAGAACCACUGGUCUAGCUGAGCUACACUCACUGUGAUAUUAAUGAGGAACACUGGCUGAACUCAGUAAAAAAACAGGAGCCUUAGUAUGAUAUUACUUUGUCAAGAGCACAAUGUCGCACAGUCUGCAUGCAUUUUACUCUGAAAUAAGUUAAAAAUGGUGGAAUUAUAGGUUUAAAUUCUCAGACAAGAUGUGAGAAGAUCCCAACCAAUGUACAGUUGAAUGUGGCCCUCCAGACGAUAUUAAACUGCUGUCAAGCUUGUGUUCCUCCAGUGUAGUUAUGCACCAUUGUUUUAAUGUAAUUUAAUGUAUUUAGAUAAGUUAUUAGUAGAGUAAAGACAGUUUUUGUCAGUUCUAUAGGCACUAGGUUUUGUUUGAUUAUCAGUUAUUUAUUUGGGGGUUUGUGUUAUUGAACUUCAUGAAUGCACCUUUUUCUUCUCGCCAGCACUUGCAUCUCUUCUUCUGUACUAUCCAAACGAUUAGCCACACAAAUUACUAGUUAAUUUUAAUGAAGAUAAUUAUUUCCAAGGCACAUUUUACAUGUGAUUCUCACCGUGAAUCAUUGCAAAUAAAACUGACAAGUCACAGAGUCUGAGAACCACUGGCUGCUUUAAUAUUACUGUGGAACAUAGGCUGAGCAUCAAAAUCUCAGACUUUUAUAUUAAUUUUAUACUGAAGUAACUAAAAAAUCGUGCAAAUACCAGGUUAAAAUCUAACGACUGAUGGACCAGAUUAUGCUCGCAAUAUGCCAAAAUUCCAACAAUGCCUCUGGUACUUUUACUACAAGCAAAUAGAUAUCAAUGUGGCACUGAAAACAACACUGACCUUUUGACAAGCAUGUGUUACUCCCAGAUUAUUUAAAGGGUCGGUCAUCCAAAUUGCUAAAUAUCAAAUUAAAAUUGUGACAUUUGCUUAUGAUUUUAGCUGUGAAUCAUAUGACUGAAUUCAUGGCACACAGCUGCAGAACAGCUGAGUCUGCUCUUACUGUGACUGUGGAACCUGGCCUGAGCACACAAAGUCGGAUGACCUCUGACACUUUAUAUUCAUUUUAUUUUGAAAUAACUUGAAAAUUACGCACUUAUCAGGUCAACUCCCGGAGAAUUCCGGGUUUGUUUGGGGCCCUGAAACUCCUCUGGUACUUUUAUCACACAGACACGUUUUAAUGUGGCACUCUAGACGACAUGGAACUGUUGUCAAGCAUGUGUUCCUCCGGCGCUGGUUACGCACCAUUACGCACGGUCGGUCCUGGGCGCCAAUUGGCUCCGCGAGUCCGAGUGGGCGGUGACCAAACAGAAACGAGGAAGUGGCGUUUCUCCUGCUGCAAUAACAAAAAGUUGCAAUGUAUGUUAGUGACGGAUGAGAGUAAAUGAGUAUUUAAACUGUUAAUGUGUCACAAAAGAACGAACCAAACCGCUUUUACGCGCAGAAAGGCACAUGAAUGUUUAGUUUCAGGGCCUCCAAGUGGAAAUAAGGAGGGAAAUAUCAACUCAUAUUAGUAGUAUUUAAUCUCAUUUGACCUAAAUUGGCUUUAUUUGAGUUUGGUGUGGCUGUUUGAAUACAUUGUGUAGCCUUCCAGCCAGUUGUUGGUGCUACGUGUGCUGUGAAAAGGUUAACACCCCACUUUGAUAUUUAUCUUUGCGCUGCGUUUCGCUUAAAGGAGCAGCUGGGAGGCCCCCGGAAAAAAACGUCGCCUCACCGGGAGGACGGUAGCAUGGUCAGCCUGGAGAGAAGGGCCUGUCUCUGCGUUUCUCUGCGCCCACACCGGAUCCACUGAGGCGGUUUGGAGCCACCAGCGUCCGACAUGGGGAAGGAGGUAAACGGCGUUUCACGGAGCCGGUUUGAGAUGUUCACGAACAGCGACGAGGCGGUCAUCAACAAGAAGCUGCCCAAGGAGCUGUUGCUACGAAUCUUCUCCUUUCUGGAUGUGGUGACACUCUGUCGCUGUGCCCAGGUCUCACGGUCCUGGAAUGUUCUGGCUUUGGACGGCAGCAACUGGCAGCGAAUCGACCUCUUUGACUUUCAGAGGGACAUCGAGGGUCGGGUGGUGGAGAACAUUUCCAAGCGAUGCGGGGGGUUCCUGAGGAAGCUGAGCCUACGGGGCUGCCAGGGCGUCGGUGACAGCGCCCUGAGGACUUUCUCACAGAACUGCAGGAACAUCGAGCUGCUCAGUCUGAACGGCUGCACCAAGAUCACUGACAGCACGUGUAACAGCCUCAGUAAGUUCUGUCCAAAGCUGAAGCACCUGGACCUCGCUUCAUGUACCUCCAUCACCAACCUGUCACUAAAAGCUCUAAGUGAGGGUUGUCCUUUGCUGGAGCAGCUGAACAUCUCCUGGUGUGAUCAGGUCACCAAGGACGGCAUCCAGGCCCUGGUUCGCUCCUGCCCUGGACUCAAGGGCCUUUUCCUCAAGGGCUGCACACAGCUAGAAGACGAAGCUCUGAAGCAUAUCGGGGCUCACUGUCCAGAGCUGGUCACGCUCAACCUGCAGACAUGUUCACAGAUCACAGACGACGGCCUCAUCACCAUUUGUCGAGGUUGCCACCGCCUGCAGUCUCUGUGUGUGUCGGGUUGUGCCAACAUCACCGACGCCAUCUUGCACGCUCUGGGACAGAACUGCCCUCGUCUCAGAAUAUUAGAAGUUGCUCGCUGCUCUCAGCUUACAGACGUGGGCUUCACUACAUUAGCAAGGAAUUGUCACGAGCUUGAAAAGAUGGAUUUAGAAGAAUGUGUGCAGAUCACAGAUGGAACGCUCAUCCAGCUGUCGAUCCACUGCCCUCGUUUGCAAGUCCUGAGUCUUUCCCACUGCGAGCUGAUCACCGACGACGGCAUCAGACACCUGGGCAGUGGACCGUGUGCUCACGACCGUCUGGAGGUGAUCGAGCUGGACAACUGCCCCCUGAUCACAGACGCCUCGCUGGAGCACCUGAAGAACUGCCACAGUCUGGAUCGCAUCGAGCUCUACGACUGCCAGCAGAUCACCAGAGCCGGCAUCAAGAGACUAAGGACCCACCUGCCUAACAUCAAAGUGCAUGCGUACUUCGCUCCCGUCACUCCGCCGCCGUCCGUCGGUGGAAGCCGCCAGAGGUUUUGCCGCUGCUGUGUCCUGCUAUGAUGUAAAGACCCCCUUCCCCUUUUUCCUCCCCCGUCGCCCUUCGUCCACGCUCCUCCGGCUGCCCUUCCUCUCCCGUCCGUCAUAGACUACAUGCUGGUGUGUUUCCCCUUAUGGAGCUGCAGAGAGAGGGAUGAGAGCCAAACAUCGCUGCAGGGUUUUGGGUAACUUUCUACCCCCAAAAAACACAUCAAACUCACACAUUAACUCCUGGAAGAACACAUUCCUGAUUUGCAUCAGUAUUACAAAGAGGGUAAAAAAAUCAAACGCCACUGUUGAGGGAUUUAAAUCAAAAAGAAACCUGCAUUUGAGACUUUUAUCUUUAUGAAGCAGCUUUGAAACCGACUAAAACAUCCAGUUAAACCACUUUACUCCCUCGGUGGUGAAUUAACAGCUACCUCCAGACAGCACCAGUGUUUGCUUGCAGGCUAUUUAUUUCAAAGUAAAAGAAAAAAAAGGGGCAGCGGUAUAUUCAAAUAACUGCCAACAUCCCUUAAACACACACAGAAAACAGCAGAAGGACUCUUUUGUGUUUUUUUUUAAUACUUGCAGCUAUUUGCACUUACAGUGAAGCAAUGACGAGACACUUUAUCUCAAAAUCGAAGCAUUUUACUAACAAACACACGUUAAAAAAAAAUGAAACAUGCAUCCACUGAGCUUCAGCAGAACCCUCGCCUCUCUCUCUGUCUCUGUGUUACAAUCAGAAUAUACUGAAGAGAAAAAAACCAAUAUUUUUCUAAAAAAAAAAAUAAACGGAAAAAAGACGACAAGUGGGAACUCGGAGAAGAUGCCAAAUGUUGCAUGUAACACCUCUAGUUUUUUUAAAAUCUAAUUGUAAAUAAGGACUGCGGGAGUCGAAGCCAGUUGAGAAAAACAACAAAGUGAUGAAGAUAUGAGAUUAAUGUCGAGUUUGUGGGAGAUUCUGAGGAAAAAUGCGAUGAGAAUAUGUGGACUGAUGCUGGUCUGAGACACUUUCUAUCGACGGAAGAAACAAAAAAUAAUCGUCACUACAUGACUUCCGAGCAGGACAACGGAAAGAAAAAGCCAACUGAAAACAAUCAACUUUAUUUUCAGUUCGAUUUGUUGUUUUUCGACGAGGAACCCGAACGUCCCACGAGGCCUUGCAAGGCGACGGAGUGACACUUCUGGCCUGCUGAUGGAAUGAUUUCUGGGCUACAAAUGGACUUUAGCCCCUCCAUCCUCCAUGUUUCUGGAAGUAUUUCAGCCUUUUUGGGUUUUUUUUCUUCUGGAUUAUCUGCACCUGCUUUAUUCUGUCUUCAUUUUAUAAAUGUGUCUCUUUUUCUUUCUCCUUUUCUGUUUUUUUUUUUUUUUUUUUUUUUUUUUUUAAAUUCUGCCUGCUUUGUGUUUUGAAGUUCAGUGUCUCAGUUUGAAGCCCUUCUUCUAGUUUCCCCCAUUGGAUGGAUUUUUCAUGAAGACUUCAUGUUACUAAUGUUCAGCCUUUUGUCCGAGGGGAUGUUUCGGCACCAGUGCAAUUGUAAUAAAUGUUAAAUGUUGGGUUUUUUUGGUUGUUGUAAAUGUGAGUUGAGGAGUCCUUCGAUGACAUGUUUGUAUGAUUAUUGAAUGUUUCCACCAAGGAGAGGCUCUUCAGGCGUCACGUGCCGCUUUAGUAGGAAGAUUUUUGCUUUCCUCUCCUUUAAUUUUUAUGCCUUUUUGCUCGAAUGCCCAAAAUGCAUCAGACUAUUGAUCGGCUGCAGGCAUGCGUCGGGAUAAUACGAGCCGAGAUGAAUCCAGUGUAAUCCAGUCUGAUCUGUUUUGUUUGAAUGGGGGGGAUUAGGGAAGAACCAAGAGUAAAAAUGGCGCAGAAAUGUAAUGUACUCUGUCCUGAGCUCCGGGGUUAAGACGGGAAAAAAGGAAAUAUCAGGAUCUGAGGCAACAGCGACACUUUGAAUGGAUUACAGUAAAACUCAACCUGCUCCCAGAGGUUUUAAAGCAAGAAAUAAGUCUGUUGAUGGUACAAAAAUACACUACAAGGCAGUGAAACUCCGGAUUUUAUUUCCCCGCUCAGCAUCCAACACCUGUUUGUUUUCUGCAUGUUCGGUCCCAAACACUGGAGUCGAGGAUUUAAGAAACAAUGAGGGCAGCAGGUGAAUCUACAGUGUGUUCUGGUAGAUUGACUCCUGAGAAAUUAAAAACAAAAAAAAAACUGUUUUGACAAUGACUGUAGUUCAUAUAAUUACUGUAAAUCUUUCCUUUUUCUUUUCUUUUUCUUUCUUUUUUUUUUUACAAUUAACCGAUAUAAAUGAAUAUGUACGUAUGAAUAAAUAUAUACCUAUAUUAUUAA